AUGUGGGAUACGAAGAUUGAGUUAGACAUCAUCAGCUACAACGCGGGAACAAGCGCGUGCGGGAAGGCGGGAGAGUGGACGCGUGCGCUCUCGUUGCUCCGCGGGACGAUCGAGGCGAGUUUGAGGCCAACCGUCAUCACCUAUGGCGCUGGGAUCAGCGCGUGUGAGACACGGGUUCGGUGGAGACACUCGCUGCUUUUGCUCCGCGAGCAACGAGAAGCGAUGGUGAGGCCGGACGUCACCUGCCAAAACGCUGCGAUCAGCGCGUGCGCGAAUUCCGGGCGGUGGCAGCGGGCUUCGGUGUUGCUCAGCGAGAUGUGGGACGUUGGAUUGGAGCCCGAUGACAUCUCUACAACGCCGCGACGAGCGCGUGUGACGAAGGCGGGCAGUGGCAGCAGGCGUUAA